CAUUUGUUCAGUUCUUCCUCCUCUUCUAGUUCUUCCUCCUCUUCUAGUUCUACAUCUUCUUCUAGUUCUACAUCUUCUUCUAGUUCUUCCCCUUCUUCUUGUUUUUCCUCUUCUUCUUCCUCUUCCUCAAGUUCAUCAUCUUCUUCUAGCUCUUCAUCUUCUUCUAGUUCUUCCCCUUCUUCUAGUCUCUCCUCUUCUUCUUCCUCUUCCUGUAGUUCUUCCUCUUCCUCUAGUUCUUUAUCUUCUUCUGGUUCUUCCUCCUCUUCUAGUUAUUCAUCUUCUUCUAGUUCUUCCUCUCUAUCUAGUUUUUCAACUUCUUCUGGUUCUUCGUCUUCCUCUAGUUCUUCAUCUUCUUCUAGUUUUUCCUCUUCUUCUUCCUCUUAUUCUAGUUCUUCAUCUUCUAGUUCCUCCUCUUAUUCUAGUUCUUCAUCUUCUAAUUCUUCAUUUCCUGCUAGUUCUUCCUUUUCCUCUAGCUCUUCCUCCUCUUCAAGUUCCUAUUCUUCUUCUAGUUCUUGAUCUUCUUCUAGUUUUUCAUCUUCUUCUAGUUCUUCAACUUUUUCUAGUUCUUUAUCUUCUUCUAGUUCUUCCUCUUCUUCUAGUUCUUGAUCCUCUUCUAGUUUUUCAUCUUCUUCUAGUUCUUCCUCUUCUUCUAGUUCUUCAACUUUUUCUAGUUCUUUAUCUUCUUCUAGUUCUUCCUCCUCUUCUAGUUCUUCCUCCUCUUCUAGUUCUUCCUCCUCUUCUAGUUCUUCCUCCUCUUCUAGUUCUUCCUCCUCUUCUAGUUCUUCUUCCUCCUCUUCUAGUUCUUCCUCUACUUCUAGUUCUUCCUCCUCUUCUAGUUCUUCCUCCUCUUCUAGUUCUUCCUCUACUUCUAGUUCUUCCUCCUCUUCUAGUUCUUCCUCCUCUUCUAGUUCUUCCUCCUCUUCUAGUUCUUCCUCCUCUUCUAGUUCUUCCUCCUCUUCUAGUUCUUCCUCCUCUUCUAGUUCUUCCUCCUCUUCUAGUUCUUCCUCUUCUUCUAGUUCUUCCUCCUCUUCUAGUUCUUCCUCCUCUUCUAGUUCUUCCUCCUCUUCUGGUUCUUCCUCCUCUUCUAGUUCUUCCUCCUCUUCUAGUUCUUCCUCCUCUUCUAAUACUUCCUCCUCUUCUAGUUCUUCCUCCUCUUCUAGUUCUUCCUCCUCUUCUAGUUCUUCCUCCUCUUCUAGUUCUUCCUCCUCUUCUAGUUCUUCCUCCUCUUCUAGUUCUUCCUCCUCUUCUAGUUCUUCCUCCUCUUCUAGUUCUUCCUCUACUUCUAGUUUUCUUCCUCUUCUGGUUCUUCUUCCUCUUCUAGUUCUUCCUCCUCUUCUAGUUCCUCCUCUUCUUUUAGUUCUGCAUCUUCUUCUAGUUCUUCCUCUUCUUCUACUUUUUCCUCUUUCUCUAGUUUUUCAUCAUCUUCUAGUUCUUCAUCUACCUGUAUCUCUUUAUCAUCUUCUAGUUUUUCAUCUUCCUCUUUUUCUUCAUCUUCUUCUAGUUAUUCCUCUUCUUCUUCCUCUUCUUUCCUCUUUUUAUCUUUAA